UUCUCGGUUUUGAUUUCUCCGUUGGAGGACCUUCCGAGGGACUCAGGGGCGGGGCUUUCCUCUUGCGUCCUGUUGUGGCUGUUGCCAUGGUAAAUAAUGACAGGGGGAGGGGCCACCAGAAGUGGGGCAACUAGACGUUGUUCUUCGAUUCCUCGCUGCAAGUUUCGGACGGCAUCAGGAGGCGAGAUUAUAGAGUGAAAGUCAGAAUGGCGAAGUUGAGGAUCAUUGGACCAGACUGGACUGUGUAGAACUCAUUACAGCCGCCAUCUUUUGUCCUCACAACAACACACACGUUCAGCAAUGUCUCACGUGACCUUGCUGACGACGCGGAGUAUAUGCGCAUGCGCAAGAGUUCAAGCCGUGUCGAUCUCCACGUUUUUUCUACUUCCCCAGACUCAGCCAUGCUCGACCACCUUUUCCAGCCGCUAGCAGACCUUCUAGGGAUACCUCUGGACCAGGCAAGAUAUGUUCUCCUUAUGCUUAUCAAUGUCCCUGUUGCCAUGAGCUACCGGUACUUCCUCCACCCCUCCCGCACCUCACUCGUCACCAGGCACAUUGUCUCCACAUCUCUCGGCCUCCUCCUCUGCCUCCUCUGUUUCAACUUGGACGUACUGUUCCUGAUCGGGAUCGUUGCCAGUAGUUACGCACUCUUGCAUCUGUUCCCACCUCAAGUGGUUCAGAAGUACACAAUGGUAUGGGUGUUGGGUACACUGUCGAUUUGCCACAUCUAUCGAACUAUGACUGACUAUGGAGGCUACCAUCUUGACUUCUCUGGACCUAUGAUGAUUCUGGCUCAAAAACUUACCAUUGUUGGCUUCGCCGUUCAUGACGGUAAAGGUGGUAACCCACGGCAACUGAGCAAGGAUCAAGAAGAGCAGAAACUAACGUCGAUUCCCUCUCUCCUGGAGUAUUUCAGUUACAAUUUCAAUUUCCACUCCAUUCUGAUUGGACCUGGCUACACCAUCAGGGAACACCUCGCCUUCAUGGACGGCUCGAACCUGACCCCCCUUGACAACCCCAACCAGUUUGCCAGGGCCAAGGAACAUUCAAAAGAACCAUCUACUCUGAUUCCAGUAGCAAAGAAGUCCCUCUUAUCUCUGAUCUACAUGGCUGCCUAUCUCUAUCUUGGCAACUACCCUCACCGCACUCUUUUAGAUGAGUCGUUCAACAUGCCCUAUCGUCUACUGAUGGUCCUAGUGGUAGGAAUGAGGCUCAAGUUGGGGUUCCAUUUCAUCUGGACCCUCUCUGAUUGCGUCAACAACGCAGCUGGUCUGGGGUUCAGCGGGUACGACGCCCACGGCAACGCAGUCUGGGACCUAACAACAAACCUCGACUUCCUGAGAUUUGAAUUUGCGAUGAAUCCUAGAAUUAUAGCCAAUGAAUGGAAUAUCACGACAGCCAGAUGGCUUCGAAGGUAGGUGAGAUUGGGCGAGAUACGAACAUGAGACAAAGAUAAGGAAGACAGGAAUAAGUGAGGCGAGAUACGUACAGGUUAAUUCUGUUUUGCAGCUUUGGCAGCUGUCAUAUAACAAUUGCGUCACCUUCCCUUUGUUUCCACACAUGCAAACUCUCUCCCACUAAGAGUGUCCUACGACCGUAUCACAUGGCAACGGGCCCACCUGACAUUCCUUCUCUCGGCGUUCUGGCACGGGUUCUACCCCAGUUACUACCUCGGUCUCAUCUACCUCGGCUUCCUCAACGAAACUGCCAAGAAAAUGUGGCGGCUACUUAACCCCUUCUUCACCAGUAAUGGCUGGGCCCUGAGGUGGACCUACCACCUCGUAACCUGGUUUCUCUCUCACAUCUUCGCCAACUUUGGCUCUUUGGCCGUCCAACUCCACUGGCUCCAGGACGUCUUUAUUUACUGGAAGACAUUGUAUUUCGUUCCCCUCGUGACGUGUGUGAUUAUCACCGUCUUCUUACCUCCUGGACGAAGUAGUCGCCAAUCUUCCAAGGCAGUUGGGGAGGGGAGGAAGGGAGGAGAGGUUGCCACGGGAAACGAAAACCACCCAAAAGAAGCCAAGUCGAUGAAACAGGACUAACAAUCUGGAAAUGCACUAUUGUUACAGCAAAGUUGCCCAACUUUAGCUGUCAAUUUACAAC